AGUAGCCAGGGUGUGAGAAGUGUGUCCACAAUUGGCAUUGUCGUGUGGAAUAGUGGGACAAUAAUUAGCUUCGUUUUCAUAGUAGUGCGUUCUCAUUAUUGGUCUCGUGAGACAUUUCGACCUCUGGUGGUCGCUGAGUGUCGAAAGACGCCAGAGCUCGGAGGUGCGCUUCCAGGAUGGCGCAGUCGCACAUCCUGUCUGCUGUUGAAUCUGAGCUGACGGCGGGACGCUGUAAGGGGGACCCCACGGAACGGGAUCUGCAAGUGACCCUAGACGAUCGGGACCUCUGGACCAAGUUUCAGUGCCUCACCAACGAGAUGAUCGUCACGAAGAACGGGCGACGAAUGUUCCCAGUGGUGAAGGUGAGCGUCACAGGACUAGAUCCACAGGCCAUGUACAGCGUAUUGCUGGAGUUUGUACAAAUUGACCCACACAGGUGGAAAUACGUGAACGGGGAAUGGGUGCCCGGUGGCAAGGCGGAAGUGCCGCCACCCAACCCUAUUUACAUGCACCCAGAGUCGCCCAACUUCGGAGCACACUGGAUGAAGGAGCCCGUCUCAUUCGCUAAGGUGAAGCUCACAAAUAAGACAAAUGGGAAUGGACAGAUCAUGCUAAAUUCUCUACACAAAUACGAACCGAGAGUGCACCUGGUAAAGGUGGGGUCUGAACUGCGACGUGUCCUCACAUAUCCUUUCCCAGAGACUCAGUUCAUUGCUGUCACUGCAUACCAGAAUGAAGAGGUUACAGCAUUGAAGAUAAAGCACAACCCAUUUGCAAAGGCUUUCUUGGAUGCAAAAGAGAGGCCAGACGGUUUCUACCAGCGGGAUUUCAUGCCCAACUACCCACAGCCGCAGCAACCGCAGUACACACAAUAUGGAUCCUGGUUCCUGCCACAGGGAGUGUACCCUGGUACAUCACAUCACCCUGGACUGCCUCCACCUGCUCUGGCACCUUGCGAUCGUUUUCCGUCUGCCACCGCAGUACGCACUCAGCGCAGCUCGCCAUACCAGCCACCACGUGUGAGAUCUCACUCACCACCUCAUUCAGCAGCCUUUGAGCCUCAGGCCACAACGGCACCGGUCUUCUCUCCGUCUGCAGCAAGUUUCGCGUGGUCCGUUUCUUCUCAGCCAGUCUCAACGCCACUGGGAAGCAGCACCAUAAGCUGGCCCUCCACCCCCACCACUCUGUCAUCCUCGCCCCCUCACGGCCCAUCUCCCCAUGCCACCGCGCCUCACACCCCAUCUCCAACACACCACAUCCAACAUCAUCACCCGAUCAUGAACAGUGCCAUGCCGUCUGGACCCAGUUAUGGCAGUUCAGGCGGUUGGCAUCACGUGCCACCUGGCAGCACUAGUCCCGACCUCAUCCUGAGCUCUGCACAGACUUACCACCAACAUUACCAACCACCAAACACCGCCAUAUCAACAGAGUACAUCCCAAUAAUUCAGGAACAAGUGCCAGCACCUUCUAGCUACCAAAGUCAUGAUUCACUAGGACAUCACCACGCCGUGGGCUCACCACAUCGCCACACUCCACCCCUAUACGCUCAUCACAGUGUUGAGAAAGUGGAGCCUGCGAUGUCAGAAAAUUACAGUGAGGAUGGCGGGGGAGGGUCACCUGCGUCGAGGCAAGACUGUUGGAGUCCUCUAACCCCGCCACAUACUGGCAUAUAA